GUUCUGCUCCACAGCCUCCUCUCCUCAUGUACCGCUAACAUCACCUGUUCUGCUCUGCAGCCUCCUCUCCUCCUGCACCGCUAACAUCACCUGUUCUGCUCCGUAGCCUCCUCUCCCCCUGCACCGCUAACAUCACCUGUUCUGCUCCGUAGCCUCCUCUCCUCCUGCAUCGCUAACAUCACCUGUUCUGCUCAUCAGCCUCCUCUCCUCCUGCAUCGCUAAAAUCACCUGUUCUGCUCCACAGCCUCCUCUCCUCCUGCAUCGCUGAAAUCACCUGUUCUGCUCCGCAGCCUCCUCUCCUCCUGCAUCGCUGAAAUCACCUGUUCUGCUCCGCAGCCUCCUCUCCUCCUGCAUCGCUAAAAUCACCUGUUCUGCUCCGCAGCCUCCUCUCCUCCUGCAUCGCUAAAAUCACCUGUUCUGCUCCGCAGCCUCCUCUCCUCCUGCAUCAAUAGCAUCACCUGGAGCCCACCAUGUCUGUCCAGAACCUGUCCUUUGCUGCCUGUGGUUUCCUGGGGAUCUACCACCUUGGGGCCCUGGGGGCCUUCCUGCAUCAUGGAGAGAAGCUGCUGGGCUCUCUGAGGGCCUGUGCAGGAGCUUCAGCUGGAGCACUGGCUGCUGCUGUCCUGAUCACCGCUCCAGAUAAGCUAGAGCGCUGCACAGAGUUCACCUACAGCUUUGCUGAAAGCGUCAGACAGCAAAGGUUUGGAGCCGUUACUCCAGGAUAUGACCUGAUGCUAACGCUACGGGAGGGAAUAGAGGAGAUUCUACCCAGUGAAGCUCACCGCCUGGCCAGCGAUCGACUCUAUGUCUCUAUCACUCACUCCAGAAGCAGGAAGAACCACCUGGUCUCCAGGUUUGCUUCCAGAGACGACCUCAUAAAGGUUCUGCUGGCCAGCAGCUUUGUCCCAGUCUAUGCUGGGCUCAGACCAGUGGAGUUCAGCGGUCAGACGUGGAUCGAUGGAGGUUUCACCGACAGCCUGCCCAGACCCCCUGUGGGACGAACUAUCACCGUCUCCCCCUUUGCAGGCCUGCAGGACGUGUGUCCGGUUCACAGGGGGCGCCUCAGCAGCCAGCUCCGCCUGGCCAACAUGAACAUCAUGUUUUCAAUGGAGAACAUCAAACGUCUGAACCAGGCCCUGUUCCCUCCGUCCCGCAGCACCAUGCAGGCUCUGUGUGAGGAGGGCCACUCAGACGCCGUGAGAUUCCUGAAGAGAGAGGCCCUGAUGAGCUGAGGGCCACACCCUGGAUCAGAACCCUGAGCUGAAGGCCGCACCCUGGAUCAGAACCCUUCACCUCCUGGAUGAAGAAAUGGACAGAGGCCCUGAUGAACUGUCCCCAUGGGACAGGUGUCCUUGGUGGACUGAUGUCCUCCAUGGACCAACAUCUCCAGUUGUCUGACAUCCUCAGUGAAGCGAUGUCCUCGGUGAACUGGCUUAAGAGAUGUUAAACUUAUUUAUGACUCACUUUACAGGAGCCCUACAGUCUGAAAAAGAUUCAAUAUAAAUACUAAAAUUGCAGAGAAAUGAUCAAAUGAUCAGAUUAUAUAAUCUGAUUAGUUUUUCUCAUAGUGCCAAAAUAGAAGAUCUUUGCUGCUUUUUAUGAAUGAAUUUGAAGCACUGGGUUUGUAAACUCAGAGUUUCUAACUGUCCUUUGACAGCCGGACCCUUUGGAACCCUGGCUGCAGGUUUUAAUCCUUCCUUUUCAGGAGAUGGUCUUUCCAUGUGGUCUACAUCCGUGUUUUAGACCUUAGGUGUAGGUCAAUCUGAAGGGGAGCAGGAGCCGUUUCUAUGGACCAGUGGGUCUAAUGGCGGGUCCCAUCUGAAAGCUCAGUCCAACAACCAGAAUAAUGGGGGCAAAGUUCGCUCGAAAAAAGAUUUCUGGAAAAAAAAAAUCAAUAAACACAAAAUGAAAGAAAACA